AUGGCCACCGAGAAGCACCUUCACGAUGCAAAUGCAGCGUCGCCGGACCGUUCAGAGCGCCGUGGCUCCCUCGUUGUUGAUCCCACGCUGGCCUCUGAAGAGGAUGCCGCCGUGCUGGCAAAGAUGGGCUACAAACAGGAGCUUCGGCGCAACUUCUCCAUGAUCGAGGUGUUUGGCAUCGCCUUCUCCAUCAUGGGUUUGCUGCCUUCUAUCGCUUCGACAUUGAGCUACUCUUUGGCGGCCGGGCCCGUGGGACUCGUCUGGGGAUGGUUCUUGGCCAGCAUGUUCAUUUUUAUCGUCGGGCUCGCGAUGGCGGACCUUGGAAGUGCUAUGCCGACGAGUGGUGGACUCUAUUACUGGACGCAUUACUUCUCGUCCGAGCGAUGGCGAAACCCGCUAUCAUUUUUGGUCGGGUACUCCAACACUCUUGGUUUGGUAGGAGGCUUGUGCUCCAUCGACUACGGCUUCUCGCUGAUGUUCUUGUCUGUCAUUGUUAUCUCACGCGACGGCAACUGGUCCCCGACAAACGGGACAAUAUACGGCGUUUUCUUGGCGACCGUUGCUUGCCACGCCCUCAUUGCCUCCACAAUGGCCAGGGUCAUGGGCAAGCUGCAGACAGUCUUUGUGGUCAUGAACUUUGUCCUCAUCUUUGCCACGAUCAUCGCGCUUCCCAUCGGCACCAAACAUCGCAACCGUGCCGCCUUCAUCUUCACCCAAGUCGACAAUCUCACCACCUGGCCAGCAGGCUGGGCGCACAUGCUAGCCUGGCUCUCGCCGAUCUGGACCAUCGGCGCCUUCGACUCGUGCGUACACAUGAGCGAAGAGGCCGCCAACGCCACCAAGGCCGUGCCGUACGGCAUUCUCAUGUCCAUCGGCUCCUGCUGGCUUUUCGGGUGGAUACUCACCAUCGUGAUCGCGGCCUGCAUGAACCCGGACCCAGAAACGCUGCUCGGGUCGGCCUUUGGACAGCCCAUGGCCCAGAUCUACUACGAUGCCCUGGGCAAGAAUGGUGCGUUGGGCAUGAUGAGCCUGCUCAUGAUUGUGCAGUUCCUCAUGGGGGUGUCGAUCUUGGUGGCGGCCUCACGCCAGUCGUGGGCGUUCUCGCGCGACGGUGCACUUCCAUUCUCGCAGUUCUUCCGCCCGAUCUCCAAGACGUUCGGGUAUAUCCCGCUGCGGACGACUCUAGGCUGUGCGCUGCUCGCGGCGGUGCUCGGACUGCUGUGUCUGAUCGCACCGGCCGCGGCAGCAGCGCUGUUCUCGCUUGCAGUUGCGGGCAAUAAUCUAGCGUGGGGGGUGCCAAUUUUCGCGCGGGUGGUCUGGGGACAGUCCAAGUUCACGCCCGGGCCAUUCUACACCGGACGGUUCUCGAUUCCGAUUGCCUGGACGGCCAUCGUCUUCCUGGUCUUCGGGGUUCUAUUGUGUAUGUUCCCUGUUGGUGGGCCGGAUCCGACUGCUUCGACCAUGAACUACACGUGUGUCAUCAAUUCGGCGGUCUGGGGCGGUGCUCUUCUCUACUACGCCGUGGAUGCGAGGAAAUGGUUCCGAGGGCCGGUUGUCACGGUCGACGUCGCGCAGCUCACAGCUGAGCAGGAGGAGGUGCUCCGUCAACAGCAGGGCCUCAAGCUCGAAGGCGAGGCGAGGAGAGGCAGCCGUGCGAGCACCGAGAAGGCUGCUUAG